GGUCAUAGCUGAGACUAGACACCAACCUCCUCAGCUUCGUGGCUUCAGUUACGAGGGUGUUUAUGAUCACACCCACUACAGGACCGUCUACAAUCUGGUCACCAACAAGGCGAACAGAGGGUACAAGGAUCUGCUUAGUAAAGCAAUGGAAGCUUUUGUGAUCGUGAAGGUAUUACAAGCAGGAGGAAGAUAUUUCGUAGAUAGCGAAGGAGAGAAAUUUUACCCAACUGAGGAAGAUUUGAUGUUCACCGGAGCUCUUCUUAUGCAUCACAUGAUGAACUUCGGGUGCAACUCCGGAGGAAUCUUUGAGGUAGAGAUUAUCGGAAAAGAAGUGGAUAAAAACCCCAUUCGGCUAUACGGCGAUGGCAUCUUCCCUGCCGUGAGUCUGAUGAACCACGCUUGCUACGCUAACUGUGUGGUGCUCUCGUACGGCAAGUUCCGCGUGGUGAAGGCCACCCGUGCCAUACGUGCAGGUAGUCAGCUCACGUGCCAAUAUGUUGAUGCACUUAAUGGAAACCUGAUGGAGAGGAGAGCGAGGCUGCUUCCACGGUACUUCUUCAUCUGCCAUUGUGAGGCUUGUGAGGGUAACUGGCCCGAGGGUCUGCAGUACACUACUGCUUUUAACCUACGAUGCGUAAGGUGUCAGGUUUUAGUUAAUGCUAAUACGAAAAAGUGUUCCCAGUGCAAUCUGUACUACCAUAAGCGUGCGACUGUUUCCGGUGAACCGCAUUUAGCCACUUACGAGUACAACCUUGUGAGGAAGAAGGUCGAUCAAGCACUGAAGGAUUACAAACGGGCGGAACACCGACUGAUCAAGAGAGGAGAGGAAUCUGAAGCGGACAUGAGGACAGUCAGCAACCUAAUAGAGCUAUACGACGACUUUGUGGAGCUGCCUUCGUACAUCCAUGUCGCUGCCCAGAGCACCUACAAUUCCAUGAACUACAAGUUUUCUUGUUCGGCGUACGCAGUCGAGGACAACAACCCGCAGUGCUUAGUCUCGUAGCGGUGACGGUGAUCGGAUGCUCAGCAAGCAGGACGAAGUGUGGAAGGUAUUGGCCUAGAUUUUUCGGAUGCAAGCCUUGGAAUCCUAAAAAAAUAAUUAGUUUUUUAACGUAAAUAACCCGUUUUUAAUAUAUAAAUCGAUGUUUUUUUUACAGUUUUAGUGAUUGGAAUUUCAUGUUUUUGAAAUUAUUGUACUUAAAUCCAACGCAAUAUUUUUUAGAAUUUUAAAUGCAUUAUUUUGUCUUCCUUUUCUGAGCAGAUUUUAUAAGUUUUAUUGUUUCAAGUGUUCUCUCAAUAAAACUUCAUUUAAAUCAAUAGCCUGUGACCUUCGUUACAAUGAACCUGUGUUAAUAAAAUGCAAGUUUCCUGCAAUAUAUAAUUAGUUUGUACGAAUGUACGUCAGAAGAAAAGGCGGUGUAAUUUUGACAUCCUGGAACCAGACAGCCGAGGCAGGGAAGCUCAUGGAGGAGUCUCCGUAAGUGUAUCUAAGAGGCCUUGGUUAAUUAGAAAAAAAAAAACUCUAGCUUAGAAAAUUGUAGUAAUAUGUAAGUAAUGAUUAGCAUUGUUGUAUUCCAACGAGGAUAAUUUUGAGGUAGGAACAAAUAGCCCCUAAACGUUCAGUUUUAACAGGAUACAUAUAGCAGGCGGGCCAUGAGUCCCUACCUGAGGUGUGACCUUGAAAUACUUGUGACCUUGAAAUACUUGCUUAUGAAAUUUUAACUGGCACUGCUGACAGGUGAGGAUGAUACAUACGCGCAAAUGUGACUCUCCUAUAAUAAAGCAGAUACUUACA